AUGCUUCCCGAGUCGUUGAUCUCCAUUGCCAACAAGGCAGAGCUGUCCUCAUCGUUUCAGGAUGCCUGGAAGUACGCCUUGAGCCGAGAUCACCACGUGAAGCUCUUCGAGGUGGAGGACUUCAAUGCCUGGACCACUUUCGCAGCGGUCUUCAUCUGCCUGAUCAUGUUCGACAACUUCUACCUGAACCGCAGCGCUGAAGAGCUGACCAUCGGGCGCGCACUGCGCUACACCCUCUUCUGGAUCUCCACGGCAUUUGCCUUCUGUGGCUGGAUUUGGUACACGUACGGACGGACCGGAGCGUUCAUGUGGAUGAGUGGAUACAUGCUGGAGUGGCUGCUGUCUUUCGACAAUCUGUUCGUUUUCCACCUCAUCUUCAACCUUUAUGGCACUCCCGACCACCUGAAGCAUCGACCGCUCUACAUUGGGAUCUGUGGCGCUGUGGCGUUCCGCCUCAUGUUCAUCUUCGUGGGCGAGUACAUGAUGCAUGCCAUGGUUUUCAUGCACUUCGUCUUCGGCGCCUUCCUAGUGUACACUGGCAUCAAGACCUUGGCUUCCGACGAGGAGGAUGAGGAUCCUUCUCAGAAUCCGAUGGUCAAGUGGCUCCAGGAGAAGGUGCCAUUCGUCAACGUGUACGACAACAACGGAGCGUUCUUCGUGAAAGUGCCGAUUGAUGCCGAUGGCAGCAUGUCCUCCGACGAUAAGAACCAGUGGGUGCCUCCCAAGGACGCCGAGUGCGCAAAGAUUUCUGAGGGCAGCACUGAGGCCGGCUACGGCACAGUGGACUUCACCGGCUACAAGCUGCCGGGCUAA